AAAUAGAAUGGAAAAAAGGAAACUGAAAAUGAAAAACAGAAAACAAACGAGACGGAUCCUACUUUAUACGUGGUGUAAGAUUUCAUUGCGGGAUUGUAAUCCCAUUAAUGUGGAGGCACGUGUUUCAAUAACCCUACAAAUUGGAUUUCGUUAGUAAGAAACAAAAACGUAGCACUUCAGAUCAUCAUCUCAUCCUGAUGACGUCACCACAUAAAAAACCUCAUUUGCUCCGAACUUCUUGUCCUUUUCUCCGCCACCUUUCACUUCCAAUCCCAUGUAUUUAUCAUAAUAAUCCCAUGAUUUCAUUUCCAGAGAGAAACUGUAAGAAUACAAGGAAAAAAGAAGAGAGGAAGAAAUGACAGCAGUGAGAAAGAGAAGGCACCAGCAAGCACUGAUGGUUUCUUUACCACCACCUUUGAUUCCGGCAGCUGAAUUCAGGCACGGUAAUCAGCUUCCGGCAUCAAUGCUGGCCACCAGUCCGGACAUUGGAAAUCUCUCUGACCUUGAAAAACUAUCAAUCCUCGGCCAUGGCAGUGGAGGCAUUGUCUACAAAGUGAGCCACCGCCACACCUCCUCUGUCUUCGCAUUGAAAGUUCUGAACACCUCUGCCAUCCCCCACCAUGAGGAAGAGAUUCUAAAGCGGGUGAAUUCACCAUUCAUUGUCCAAUGCCACGCAGUUCUUUACAAAGAUGAUGAUCUUUGCUUUGUGAUGGAACAUAUGGAGAUGGGCUCACUGCAUGAUGUCCUGCUUGCCAACAGAGUGUUGAUGGAGGUUGUUGUCGCUGGCGUGGCACGGUGUGUGCUGCACGGGUUGCAGUAUCUCCAUGGAAUGCAGAUAGUGCAUGGAGACAUAAAACCCUCAAACCUUCUGGUAAAUGCAAAAGGGGAUGUGAAGAUUGCUGAUUUUGGGGUGAGUAAGGUGGUGGGAGGGAAUGCAAUGGAUGAUGUGAGCGAUAUAUGCAUGGGAACAUGCGCUUACAUGAGCCCGGAAAGGUUUGAUCCUGAGAGAUGGGGAGGAGGGGAAGGGGGAGAUGGUUUUGCAGGAGAUGUUUGGUCACUAGGUGUGGUGGUUCUGGAGUGCCUCGUGGGACAUUAUCCACUGAUUGGUACUGAAGAGACACCAGACUGGGCAGCAUUGAUGCUUGCCAUAUGCUUCAAAGAGAGGCCAGAGAUGCCGGAUGCGGCAUCUUUCGAGUUCUGUGAUUUUGUGGGCAGGUGUCUAGAGAAGGACUGGAGGAGGAGAGGGACAGUGGAGGAGCUUCUUGGUCACCCUUUUGUGAAUUCAGAGAUUUUGUAGUUCUUCUGAAUUGGAUUUCAUAUUCAG